ACGACACCCCUCCUCGCAACUCUCUCUCUCUUCUGCCCAGCUCUUGUUCAUCCGUUCGAGACGGUUUUCUGUGCAGGCUCCUUCGUAAGCAUACUGAAUUUCAGAAGAAGGGGCAAUUCCGUCAGCUUUUUAUCCAUAUGGGUUUGAUCUGAAACCUUCAAAAAUUUCCAGGUGUAGGUCUUUUUUCUGCCAAUUGAGUGCUGCUAAAAGAGCUACUAGAAAAGACACUGUUUUUGGAGUAAAGAUUCAAACUUUUUGCUUCUAUGGAGGCUUACAAGAGAUGGGUUAGAAGGAAUCGUGAUUAUGUUCGCCAAUUGAGUUCUCUAGCCAGUGGAAUGACAUGGCUUCUUCCAGAGCGGUUUGCUGCAUCAGAAAUUGGGCCAGAAGCAGGUUUAUUUGAAAUUUUGUCUCCUCGAUCCUUGGAAUGGUUACCACCGUAAAUGAGCAUAUUAUAGAGACAGCUCCAACCCCUGCGCGUACAAGUUCUGCAGAGACUUCUUUUCUCCCUUUGUCAUUAUGCCUUACUUUGCUGAGGGACUUGGAAACAUUGAUUGAAGUAGUAGCUGAGCAGCUCUAUGGUGAAGACAAAAAAUGGAAUUUAAUUGUUCUUACAGAGGCUGCCAAGGUGUGUGUUAGGCUGGCUGCUUUCAGAAAUACAGGAUAUAAAAUGCUUUUGCAAGGUGGGGAGACUGAAAACUUAGAAGAUUCAGGUGAUUCGAGUCCACAAGAAAGCAUGGGGCAUUUAACGAAGCCCAUCCGGAAUCAAGGACCGGGUGCCAAUCACCUUCAGGGUUGGAACUCAUGGAAUCUUGAAGGUAGGGCAAUGUCCGCCUUAAGUAACUUCGGUCAGAAUGCUAGGACGGUUUCUGAGCCUACUUGGUUGCGCAGGGUUCAACAGCAUCAAGCAAUUCUGGAACCUCCAACUAAGGUGAUCACAAAGCCCAGUCUGUCAACCUUCUUAUCUGAGAAAGGUACUCGUGGAGGGUUAUUUGUGACCGGGGAGAUUAUGUUCAUCCUAAGGCCUCUUAUUUAUGUCUUCCUGGUAAGGAAAUAUGGAACACGAUCGUGGUUUCCUUGGUUCAUCUCUUUGGCUGUGGAUCUCAUGGGGAACAGCAUUCUCUCGGUCAUAACAAUGCCCCAGGAUAGCAGGAAAGACCAGCAUUUUCAAUUUUCUAAAUCCGAGAAGGAUGAGUUAAAAAGAAGGAAGCUGCUUUGGGUGCUUUACCUCAUGCGAGAUCCAUUUUUCUCCGAAUACACCAGGCGAAGACUUGAAAACACUCAAAAAAUUGUAGAACCUGUUCCUGUAGUUGGAUUUUUCGCAGAAAAAUUUAUUGAACUACUUAUUGGAGCCCAGACUAGAUAUACCUACAUGUCUGGUUCUUGAAGGGAAGCCACUGAAUGUUUGAUGCAUUCUUUGUUACUCCUAUUUGGCAAUGGAGAUCAACUUUUUCUCUUUUUUUUUUCAGUUGUAGCAUUUUGAAAUCAUAAUCAAGAAAAGGUGUAGCAUUUUGAAAUUAGAACUAAGAAUAGGUGUAUAAUUAUGUUUCUAUCCAAAAGUAUAUGGAGGUUUGAUGCUGCAUCAGAUGGAGCAGUGAUCAAACACUAUUAUAUUG